GUUUUGCCUGCUUUAAGAGAGAAGCACGAUGAACUUAUGUUGAUGGAGUUUGUGAAAAGAUGGGCAAACCAUAAACUUAUGGUUAGGUGGUUAUCACGGUUCUUCCGAUAUCUUGACCGAUAUUUUAUUUCCCGGAGAUCGCUACCUACACUUAAUGAAGUUGGUCUGACAUGCUUUCGUGAUCUGGUUUAUAAGGAGUUGAACAGUAAAGCUAGAGAUGCAGUUAUUGUGUUGAUUGAUCAAGAACGCGAGGGUGAGCAGAUUGACAGAGCUUUAUUGAAGAAUGUGCUUGAUAUAUUUGUUGAAAUUGGA